AUGGACAGUAAGCUAGUCAGGAGGUUUUCCUUCAGUCCGAGUAAGAAGGCGCCUCCGAGUCCUAGCGGCAGUACCUCCAAGCGGAGAGUGAACUAUGCGGGUUCCAAGUUGCCUCUGCCGGGAUUCGCAUCUCCCGUAGUGCCGGAGGAUGAGGCCACGCCGUCAGGCACCUCUCAUGAAUCAGCGAGCCGCCACACAACCGGCACCCCAAACCUCCUGUCAGCUUUUAGGCCGUCUAGACAGCCGACGAGCCACGCACCUGCAACCGCACCGCCUCUCGGUAGUCAGUCAGGCCUUAAGCCGAUAAUGGCCCGCGCUUCGAGUCCGAGUCCUAGCAGCAAUACGGUUCGUGGGAGUGCCAUCCCAGGGCCACGUGUUCACGCGCAGCCCCAGCCGCGACAGGUGUCGUUCGCGCCGUCCACCCAGCAACACCCAAUGCUGGUGCCGGAGAUGGCGGUGGUACCCAACCCUCUGGAGAACGAGAACGUUCUAGUCACCGUCCGCUUCCGGCCACUCAGUUUGAGGGAGAUUCAGCGCGGGGAGGACGUGGGGUGGUACGCGGACGGCGACAAGAUAGUGCGCAUGGAGUCGAACCCCUCCAUCGCCUACGCUUACGAUAAGGUGUUCGGCCCCGCUACAACGACGCGGGGGGUGUAUGACGUGGCAGCGCAGCCCGUCGUAGCUGCUGCGAUGGAAGGAAUCAACGGAACGGUCUUCGCGUACGGCGUCACGAGCAGCGGCAAAACGCACAGCAUGCACGGCGAUCAGAAGUCCCCGGGUGUCAUUCCGCUGGCCGUGAAAGAAGUGUUCAGCAUCAUCCAGGAUACGCCUGGUCGCGAGUUUCUCCUGCGCGUGUCGUACCUCGAGAUCUACAACGAGGUGAUCAACGACUUGCUCAACCCCGCCGGGCAGAACCUGCGCAUCCGCGAAGAUGGCCAGCACGGCACGUUUGUGGAGAACGUGAAGGAGGAGGUGGUGCUCUCAGCCGCGCACGCCCUCUCCCUCAUCGCCGCUGGCGAAGAGCACCGGCAUGUGGGCGCCACGCACUUCAACACGGCCAGCAGUCGCAGCCACACCAUCUUCACUCUCACCGUGGAGAGCAGCGGGCGGGACUUGGAUGGGUACGAGGAGGUCACCUACUCGCAACUGAACCUGAUUGACCUGGCGGGGUCGGAGAACAGCCGAGCCACAGCGGGCAACAACGUGCGGCGCAGAGAGGGCACCUUCAUCAACAAGAGCCUGCUCACGCUCGGCACGGUGAUAUCGAAGCUGAGUGAGCGCAAGCAGUCGCACGUACCGUACAGGGACUCCAAGCUCACGCGUCUGCUGCAGACGUCGCUGAGUGGCAAUGCGCGCAUCUCGCUCAUCUGCACCGUCACCCCCGCCUCCGGCACGCUGGAGGAGACGCACAACACGCUCAAGUUCGCCUCGCGCGCCAAGCACGUUGAGAUCCGCGCCAACGCCAACAAGAUCCUGGACGAGAAGUCGCUGAUAAAGAAGUAUCAGAAGGAGAUCAUGGCGCUCAAGGACGAGCUCACGCGCCUCAAGCACACCAUGUCGCACGCCCAUGGCCCCCCCGCGCUGCCCUGGGGGGCCGCGCCUGGCAGCGGAAACAGUGGCGGCAGCGGGGGAGGCGACAUGGGCGGGCAGGACCUGGCAGUGCUGCGAGAGAAGCUGGAGGCGGAUCAGAUGUUGCUGCAGUCGCGGCUGGAGGAGGAGGAGGAGGCGAAGGCGGCGCUGUUGACGCGCAUACAGCGCCUCACCAAGCUCAUCCUCGUCUCCUCCAAGGCCUCCUCCGCCUCCAAGCCCGCCCCCCCUCAGCUUGCCCCUCCCACCGGCCGCCUGCGUCGCCGCCUCUCCUUCGGCGAGGAGGACCUGGCAUACCUGAAGCAGAGGCGCAUGGACCUGGGCUUCGACCUGCUGGACGACGCCAUGGGCGCAGGGGGCGCGGGGGACGACCUGCAGCUGCAGCGCCUGGGGGGCACGGUGGGCGCAGCAGGGUCGCGGUCUGUGAGCGUGUACAGCGGGGGGAGUGGCAGUGGCGCUGCCUCGCCCAGAGGCACGGGCGCAGGGGGAGAGCGGGAAGCGGGAGGGGACGACGAUGAGGGUCCCAUGAUCCUCAAAUGGCUGCGCUCUAAGAGUGACGGCUACUGCUGUCCCCGCCUCCCUCACUGCUACCCUUCACUCCCCCCUCAUCUCCCCUCUUCCCCGGCUUGCCCUUCCGCAAAACAGAAGGAAGGGGCGAGCAGCAAGGACGGGGACGGCGAGGGGGCCCUGCACGCGUCACUGUCAGGCAGUGAGAAGGUGGACCCUAUCCUCACUGCCCGCGGCACGGAUGGUGGCAUGGAGGCAGGCACAGCAGGCAGCGACAGCGGGCAGUGGCUCACAAUGAGUGGCACCACGCUCAUGGACCAAUGCGAGCUGCUGCGCGAGCAGGUGAAGAUUCUAUCAGCGGAGGUGGGGUUCCACACGUCCAACCUGCGGCGCCUCAUAGACAAGGGCGAGAACACACCGCAGGAGCAGCAGGAGAUCGAGAGGCUACGAGUGGAGCUAGCGGGCAAGCAGCAGCAGCUGCGUGAGAUGGAGGAGCUCGUGCGCCUCCGGCAGGGCGGCCAGCCGUCGCCUGCUGCCAGCGCCGCGGGGGGCAGUGAGGGCGUGGGCGUGGGCGUGGGCGCAGAGGCAGACACGGCCACAAAGGAACAGAUGGCCAAGACCAUAGCGAAGCUCAAGGCAGUGCUGAGCGAGAAGACGUUUGACAUGGAGAUAGUGAGUGCCGACAACCGCAUUCUGCAGGACUCGCUCAAGGCCAAGACGAAGCAGGUGCAGCAGCUGAUGGAGGAGGCGAACAUGCUGCGAGUAGAGCUCACGCGCGCCAUCACCUCUCGCCACGGCGCCACCCGGGGACAAGGGGACGCCACCGGGGAGGCUGAGGCUGGCGGGCACACUGACGCAGCAGGGCAAGGGGAGGGCGAGGGUGGCACGGGGGCAGGGUCAGGGGGUGGUGAGGAGGGGGGAGGGGGUGGUGGUGAGGGCAUGGUGGUGGUGGCGGCGAAAGAGCUGGAGGGGCUGAGGUCGCAGGUGAGGCUGGCGAGGCAGGAGGCGGACAUGCUGCGGCAGCAGCAGCUGCAGCUCACCAAGGACCUCGCAGGGGCGCGCUCCCUCGCGCUCACCGCCUCCUGCUCUGCCCCUGCCGCUGCCGCUGCCGCUGCUGGUAGCGGUGCUGAUGGGUCUGGUGCUGCAGCAGGGGCACCGUCACUGGCGUCGUUUUUAGACGGGGCGUAUAUGAACGGGCCGGAUGGGCGGCCGGAUGUGAGCAGGUUGCUGCAGCAGGUGGAGGCGGCGAGGGCGAGGGAGGCGCAGUGGCAGGAGCAGCGGCAGCAGCACCAGCUCAUGGAGGCUGAGCUGGCAGCGGCUCGUGCUGAGCUGGCAGCAUAUCGAACAGCUGCUGCUGCAGAGGCAGGAGGAUUGGAGAGCGCGGAAGUGGGGGAGGGUGGAGAAAGCGAAGGUCGUACAGGGGAGGGCGCAGGGGAUUGCAUGAGGAAGCAGGGGGCGGAGGGAGCGGUGGCGGCAGUGGCGGCACGGCUAGAGGCGGAGAAGGAUGCAAUGCUAGCAGCGCGGCAGAGGGAGGUGGGCGAGCUGCAGCAGAGCCUGGCGGCAGCGCAGCAGAGGGAGGCGGCCCUGGAGAGGGACUUAAGCACCAUGUGGGUGCUCGUGGCUGAGCUCAGACACAUGGGGGGAGGUAGCCGCUCCUCGUCUGUCAAGGACAGUGAGGGCAGUGGCAAGGAAGGGGGUGGGGGGACGGCAGGGCGAGGGGGGUUGCUGGAUGCGGAGGAGAUGGCAGAGCUGGCGGGCAGCAUUGGGGGCAGCGGGCGGUGGCCGGAGGAGCUGCGGAAAGGGGAGAGCAUGUGCAGCGAGGGGGGCGGUAGUGAGGGGACGAGUGAGGGCGGGGUGAGCCUGUCGGAGAGAGCAAUGGAGCUGAUCCGAGCGGGGUCGGCGGGUGGGUUGGGGGCGCGUGGAGGGGAGGGGGCGAGUGGGGAGGUGGAGGUGCGCGUGCAGAUGGCGGUGGAGCGAGAGACAUCCGCGCUUAAAGAAGAACUCGCCCGGAGAAAGGGCGAGCAGCUGGCGGGGUUGACGCUGAGGGAGCUGAUGGCUCUGGAGGCGGACAUGGAGACGGCUCUCACCAAACUCGAGGUCGCUAAGAUGAGGGUGCGGGCGGAGGGCAGCAGCACCAGCGGCUCAGAGAUAGACCCGACUGCGAGGACUGCGCCCAAGAUGCUGACCUGUGCGCCACGUGCCUAG